AUGGCGCCCUCUGAUACUCGGCAAGCGCCUGCGGCGCAGGGCAAAGCCCGCCUAGUUACAGAAGAUCUUGAGAAGCCUCUGCUAGAUGACCGCUCCUAUCGGGUCAUCAAGUUGGCGAACGAGAUGGAGGUGGCUCUGGUUCAUGACCCCAAGGCCGAUAAGGCGAGCGCCUCCAUGGAUGUUAAUGUCGGCAACUUCAGCGAUGAGGCGGACAUGCCCGGAAUGGCCCAUGCGGUCGAACAUCUUCUUUUCAUGGGAACCAAGAAAUAUCCUGGUGAAAACGACUACUCUCAGUACCUGUCGUCGAACUCGGGCCACUCCAACGCUUAUACGGCGUCAACAUCGACCAACUACUACUUUGAUAUUUCUGCCAAACCCGCUAAUGACGAGGACCCGACCGAGGCGAAUCCAUCGCCACUUCUCGGCGCUCUGGAUCGCUUCUCUCAGUUUUUGUGGAACCGCUCUUCCUUGAAUCUACCCUUGACCGCGAGCUCAAGGCCGUAG